CACUGGUGCGUCGCUGAUGUAGGAGCGCACUACUGAGGGGUGCUGGACUUUCUGAGAUUUUUCAUUGGCGCACGGAGUCCAAAAGCUCCAGUCAGGAAACGUGUCAGGUUUCAGGGAGCGGGUGGGGGAGUGACAUUUCUUCAGGGGGAGAGUGAGAGAGAGAGAGAGAGAGAGAGCGUAAGAAGAAGGAGGAAAAAAGCCCUAAGCCUGACAAAAGCGUAUGAGAAGACGAUCAACGUCCUCGGAGACUGAGAAGAGCUUUGGCGUUCAGUGACUAGACUGAGCUGUGUGUGUGCGCGCGCGCGUGUGUGUAUAUGUAUAUGUUUGUGUGUGUGUGUGUGUGUGUGAGUGUGUAGUGCGUGUUUACUGUGCGCGUGUGUGUAGGAGGACGUCGAGACUACACGUUUUAAAGUACUUCUUGGGUGAUAUUGAGGAGCGCAGAUUUCAUCUGAGAACUCCAGGAGGAUCUGAAUUGGUGCAAGGACGUGAAGGACUGAAGCAGGGGGGAAACAAUCCAGGACGCAUCAUUCUGUUGUUUUUUUUUUGUCUGGUUGUCUCCCAAAACUGUUUGGACGGAUAAAUAAUAAUAAAGAAGACGAAGAAGAAGAAGAAGGGGGUGAAAUAAAACUCCUGCGGAAUUUUUGCGACGCUCCCAUCUAGGAAUGCUGUUCUCUGCAAAGGAUCAGUGAUUUCUUUGUUUGUUUGUUUGUUUAUUUAUUUAUUUAUUCUUGUGCUCCUUUGCUUGCCGAUUUGUGGAAUUUGGAAUAGUGAACUUCUGACUGGUGAAGUUGUGUGUGGGGGGAAAAAAGACGUAAAGAAGUCGCUUGUUUCACUCGUUCAUGCGGAUUAAGAAGCGCAGCGCUCUGGGCCUCAGGAGUAAGUCUCGGGUGAUUGGAUCCUUCCAGUGAGUUUCAGUUCAUGAGCUGCCGUCUGCAGUUCAUGGUCGGGUGGAGGCCCUCAGAUGGGAUCAGUGUCCAGGGGGAGGUGGAGGAAAGGGGGAUGGGGAGGUGUGUCUACCAAUGACGCCAUGCCCACCUGGCCAUGGCUCAUGCUUGUGAUUCUGCUGGCGAGCCUGGCAUCAACGGUCCAGGCACGGCCACCCAUUGUGCCUAGCGAAGAAGAGGAGGCCACGAUUGCUGACGAGCCUCCCAUCAAUUCCGAGAGCUCAAAGGCCACCAUGUGCUCGGUGCACCCAGGAGACAUUGUGAAGCUGAACUGCCCGCUGCCUGAGGCAGCUGCCAUCGUGUGGACCAAAGACGGCACGUCGCUUAUUCCGGACAACCGUACGCUCAUUGAGCGUGAGCAGCUGCACAUCAGCCAUGCUGCACCGACUGACUCGGGCCUGUACGCAUGCCAGGCCACUGGCGCUAAGGCCACUGAUGCGGUUUGCUUCAUUGUUAAUGUCACAGAUACCAUCUCAUCCGGUGACGAUCAGGACGACGCUGAGCGAUCAGAUGAUGUCGGGGCAGACACCGAACAGAUGCGGGCACCACGCUGGACCUCGCCAGAAAAGAUGGAGAAAAAGCUCCACGCUGUACCAGCAGCCAACACAGUGAAGUUCCGAUGUGCAGCGGUGGGAAACCCAAUCCCGACGCUACACUGGCUCAAAAACGGCAGACCGUUCCGGCCAGAAGACCGCAUGGGUGGCUAUAGGGUCCGACACCAGCAUUGGACUUUGAUCAUGGAGAGUGUGGUUCCUUCUGAUAAAGGCAACUACACCUGUGUGGUGGAGAACAAAUAUGGCUCGAUCAACCACACCUACACCCUGGAUGUAGUUGAACGGUCUCCACACCGGCCCAUUCUCCAGGCGGGUCUGCCAGCCAACGCCACGGUACACGUGGGAGAGGAGGCUCGCUUUGUCUGUAAGGUGUACAGUGACGCCCAGCCACACAUCCAAUGGCUACAUCACAUCAUGAAGAACGGUAGCCGGUAUGCUCCCAACGGUGACCCUUAUGUUCGUGUCCUCAAGACGGCAGGUGUAAACACCACGGAUAAAGAGAUUGAGGUCCUCUUCCUGUCCAACGUUACUUUCGAGGACGCUGGUGAAUAUACGUGCUUGGCGGGUAACUCUAUUGGGAUCUCCUAUCACUCUGCUUGGUUGACGGUUCUUCCAGCCGAGACGAACAUCGCAGAGCCUGAAUAUCCUCCGGACUACGUAGAGAUCGCCAUCUACUGCAUUGGCGUGUUCCUCAUCGCCUGCAUGGUGGUGAUUGUAGUCGUCUGCAGAAUGCGGACAUCCAUCAAGAAACCUGAUUUCGGAGGCCAACCUGCUGUACACAAGCUCACUAAACAGAUCCCUCUGCGCCGCCAGGUAACAGUUUCAGCUGACUCAAGCUCCUCGAUGAGCUCCAGCACGCCUCUGGUGAGAAUCACAACACGUAGAAGCUCCGAGCACGAGCACAUGAUCCCAGAGUACGAGCUUCCCGAAGAUCCUCGCUGGGAAUUCUCCAGAGACAAGCUGACGCUGGGCAAGCCGCUUGGUGAAGGCUGUUUCGGUCAGGUGGUGAUGGCAGAAGCGCUGGGCAUCGAUAAGGACAAACCUAAAGAAGCUGUUACCGUAGCAGUCAAGAUGCUGAAAGACGAUGCGACAGAAAAGGACCUUUCAGACCUGGUGUCAGAGAUGGAGAUGAUGAAGAUGAUUGGCCGGCACAAAAACAUCAUCAACUUGCUGGGGGCGUGUACACAAGAUGGUCCACUGUACGUGAUAGUGGAGUACGCAUCCAAAGGGAACCUCAGGGAGUACCUGAGGGCCAGGCGACCACCGGGGAUGGAGUACUCGUACGACAUCGCUCGUGUUUCUGAAGAACCUCUUACCUUUAAAGAUCUGGUCUCCUGCACUUAUCAAGUGGCCCGCGGCAUGGAGUAUUUAGCCUCUCAGAAGUGUAUACACAGAGACCUAGCUGCCAGAAACGUGUUGGUCACCGAGAGCAAUGUGAUGAAGAUUGCAGACUUUGGCUUGGCCAGGGAUGUCCACAACAUCGAUUACUAUAAAAAGACCACCAAUGGUCGCUUGCCGGUGAAGUGGAUGGCUCCCGAGGCACUUUUCGACCGCGUAUACACACACCAGAGCGACGUAUGGUCAUUCGGGGUGCUCAUGUGGGAGAUCUUCACAUUGGGUGGCUCACCGUAUCCUGGAAUUCCUGUGGAAGAGCUGUUCAAACUCCUAAAGGAGGGCCAUCGCAUGGACAAACCAGCCAACUGCACCAAUGAUCUGUAUAUGAUGAUGAAAGACUGUUGGCACGCAAUCUCUUCACAAAGGCCCACAUUCAAGCAGCUGGUGGAGGAUUUGGACCGCAUUCUCACGCUGGCAAGCCAAGAGGAAUACAUUGACCUGUGCGCUCCAGCAGAGCAGUACUCGCCGUGUUUCCCGGACACUCGUAGCUCCUGCUCGUCUGGAGACGACUCGGUGUUCUCUCACGAGCCCUUACCGGAUGAGCCGUGCCUUCCCAAAUACCAGCACAUUAACGGUGGCAUGAAAACAUGAGGCUCCUGGAAGCACACGAUACACCAGCAGGAGACAUGUGUGUGUGACUCCUCAAACUCUUGUCUUCCUUUACUUUUUGCCUCGUUUCCUUCCCUCGCUGCUCCCGCUGGACUUACGGAGCAUGGGAUGCAGGGAUUCCCGGCAAUGCUGCUGUCCUUUAAAAUGAACUAGUCAGUGUAUGAUGAUACACAAAAUGUGCACACACACAUGCGCUCUCUCUAAAAAAAAAAAAAAUUACCAAGCUCUUAAAAAGAUUGUGGACUCAACACUUUUUUUUUUUAAACUUUGACUGAAAUAUAAAUGAUUCCCAAGGGUCCUCUCUCUGUUAUUUUUGUUUUGUUUUAUUAUUUUUUUAAAACUUGUUUUGCUUUGUGUUCUCAACGUUCUUCAGCAUUUCUGGCCAGUGAUUCCACAGUGCAGCUUGGCAUUCCAAGGACUCUUCAUUACCAAGAGGGGGGGAGAAGGACCACACUAAAUGAAAUGAGCGAGAGACUAAAAGGGAGAAAAACAGGAAACUUGUUAAAAAAGAAAAACUCCAGCUAGCACAUAAAAGGACAUAACUGCUUAUGGUCUAUGUUGAACGAUCACCCCCCCACCCCCUGCCACACACACACAUUCCGUUUUUAUACUGAUAACACAGUUAUCAAAUGAAAGCCCAUGCAGUUAUUCCUAAAGGAUAAAAAAAAUUACAUGGUAUAUAGUUUUGGGUAUAUUUGUAAAUAUAUUAAAAAUAUGUAAAAUAUAUAAAUUUAUAUAUAAAUAUUAUAUUUACAGUGAAUUAUUUUUUGUAUGGACUCCUGAAUAAUUCCUCUUAUUGGUUCACUUUCCAAGUGGACAGAUUUUCUGGCAACAUUUUUUGUUUGUGCUUUUUUUUUCAUUGUAUUUUUUUUUCUAUUAUACAACAUUCCCAGAAAUACGUUCUCUCUCUCUCUCUCUCUCACACACACACACACACACACACACACACACACACACACACACACACACACACACACACACACACACACACACACACACACACACACACACACACACACACACACACACACACCGAUA